CUCCUUUAUCUACUCCCGACUUCUAUUCCUUUGCCAUACGUAAACCUGCGCUGUCCCAAAGAGUCAAUCACAUGGCCCUUCGCGAAUAGCGCCUCGAACCAUUCACGAAGGUCCUUACCGCUGAACACAACGCUUUAUACCUAUCUAGGUACCUAUACCUAUAUCACAUAAUCCAACAUGGCGCCUACCGGCUCAGCCAUCACGGGCCAGCUAAGGCAGUUGGUUUAUUAUCACCUCGACAACAUAUCCUACGACAAUGCUCUUUUCUUUGCUGAGAGAUUAUCCUCCCACGACCAUCGCUCGAGCGAGCCCCAGUAUCUCCUCGCUCUCUGCUAUUUCCGACUCGGUGACUUUCAUACGGCUUAUGAUGUUAGCAAACCCGUCGGAACUCGAGGAACCAACGUUUCCUGCUCAUACAUAUUUGCUCAAUGCUGUCUCGAGCUUGGUCAAUACAAAGAUGGCAUUGUAGCGUUAGAAAAAUCUAGAGGUUUAUGGUCGCGGAAAUCUAGUUUGGGCAAGCAUGGUGCAACGAGUCGAGCACUGCACCCCGAUAGUGCAAGUACCGCUUGUUUGCUUGGGAAACUUUACAAGGCGUACGAUGAUAAGACAAAAGCGAGUCUCAAUUUUGAAGAGGCGUUGAAGAUAAACCCAUUCAUGUGGGACGCAUUCACAGCCUUGUGUGAUAUGGGUGUCCCUGUCAGGUCACCUAACGUUUUUAGAUUGAAUGAAACGUUGGUAGAGAGCUUAAGCAUGGACCCGAUGAACGGGAUUUCAUCAGAGCAGAAGGAUAGUAGUGUAGCUAUGCCAGCUGAACCUCAGCCUAAGAAGGCGUCGUUUCGAUCUACGAUUUUCGACUCGACAGGGGACCCUUUUGAUUCUCAAAGAUCAACAGCUGGGAACGAAAUGGCACUCGGCUCCAACUUCCUAGCAAGCGAGAACGAUUUCAUGUCUAAAAUUAACGCAGCUCGUUCUAGGGUUAUGACUACUACUGCAGAUUCGGGGUUGGAUCAUAUGGAAACACCGAUAUCUAACCACCACGAUUCGAACAUACCCCGGAUUAAUCAUCAACCAGAACCUCCUCAAGCUCCUACUCGGAGGACGAAAAAUGCGCAACCACUCGAUUCUAACCUAGCAGACAUGCCACCAAAAAUGGGGUUUCGGGCGGGUACCAAGAGGGUCCAGAAAUUGCAGGAUAAAGCUCAAGAAGAUAUUAUAACAGAGUCUAACCCCACUCUUAGAGCUACUGGUACAGGUGUAUCCGGAAUAGAGAGGAAGAGGACUGUUUCUGGCCACCUUGUUCAACCUAGACAACAACAUUCGGAAGAACCUGGAGCUCCACAGAGACGGAGCGCAAGAUUAAACUUAUUUAGAGGCGGUAACAGUAAGGUCAAUUCCGGAGCACCGACUGCCGGCGCCUCACGGGAGUUGAAAAAGGCGAGACCGCCAGGAUCAAGAAUCAUACGUCCGAACUCCAGUGGUUCCAACGUCGGUAGAGCCGUGAGCGGAAAUAGAAAACCACUGGAGGAGAAUACUAUGGACGUAGACCAUGCUGAAGCACCACGGAUUAAGGAAGUCCACCCCCAGCCCGCCAUUAUUAAAUCAGCAGAACCAGAGUCCGUGAAGGUCGAGGAGACGCUGAAAUAUCUUUUGGAGCUAUUGAAGAAAUUCGGCUCCGGGUAUCUGGCACUAUCUCAAUAUCGGUGCGCCGAGGCUCUGGCCUCAUAUAAUUUGCUACCACGGGCACAUCGGGAAUCGCCGUGGGUGUUGUCGCAAAUGGGGCGAGCUUACUAUGAGCAGGCCGAAUAUGGAGAGGCGGAGAAGUAUUUUAGGAUGUUACGUGUCCGUUGCCCAACUAGACUCGAGGAUAUGGAGGUAUACUCGACGAUCUUGUGGUUUCUCAAAAGAGAGACUGACCUUUCUUUCCUUGCUCAUGAUCUCGUUGACCUGUCAUGGCAUUCUCCCCAAGCCUGGUGUGCACUCGGGAAUGCCUGGUCACUCGCUCGAGACCACGAGCAAGCAUUACGAUGCUUUAAACGAGCAACCCAGCUAAACCCCAAGUUUGCGUAUGCAUUUACCUUACAGGGCCAUGAACAUGUUUCGAAUGAGGAGUACGAGAAAGCACUUACAGCAUACCGCCAGGCAAUAUCAGCCGACCGACGGCAUUACAACGCGUAUUACGGUAUAGGACGCGUCUACGAAAAACUCGGUAAUUACGACAAGGCUUACGUCCACUUCCACUCAGCAUCCGUUAUAAACCCUACCAACGCUGUCUUGAUCUGCUGCAUUGGCAAUGUCCUUGAGAAACAGCGGCAGAUUGUGAAAGCCCUUCAAUUUUUUACCAAAGCCACCGAACUUGCACCCCAUGCUGCCCAAACACGAUAUAAAAAGGCCAGAGCUCUGUUGGCUCUUAAUCAACUCGACGAGGCUCAGAAGGAACUCGAAAUCCUGAAGACUAUGGCUCCCGACGAGGCUACGGUACAUUUCCUGCUUGGGAAGCUGUACAAAUCACUCAACGAUAAAGGUUCUGCUGUACGGCAUUUUACAAUCGCACUAAAUUUAGACCCGAAGGCAAGCCAUCAAAUUAAAGAAGCCAUAGAGAGCCUCGAAGAUGACGAUAGCUUUGACGAUUCCAUGAUGGCAUGAUAUUAUACCUAUGAAACGACAUAAACCCUUGCUUACGUUUGCUGAGCGGCGGGCUUCUUUGCUUUUAUUGCCACG